GUCGCCCAAAGUCUCCAACCCCACCUUUAAACCUCCAUAAAUCUCCCAUGGCUGCUGCUUCAUGGCCUUGGUGUCUCGGGAGACGAUGAUGGAAGAAGAGUUGCAGGAGGCCGACAUCUUGUGGCCGGAACAUGAGCAGAAGGAGGAAGCCAUGACCGAGACGUGUUGCUCGGCGGAUGGAGAUCGAGGGAAGGCAUCCGACCCCAUUAAGAUCCCUUCGAAGUCCGCGUACGCACGCCGUCGUCGCACCUCCAACAACGAUGACAGCGGUGAUGGGGAGGACGACGACGACGACGGCGGUAGGAUCCCACCGCACGUCAUCAUCGCUAGGCGGGCGGCAGAUAGGAUGGAGUUCUCGGUGCGCGUCGGCAAAGGCAGGACCCUCAAAGGAAGGGACCUGCGUCGGGUCAGGAACUCCAUUUUGCAGAUGACCGGAUUCCUGGAGAGGAGAUGACGGACGAAGAUUUCAUUGUGACGGUAUUAACACUGCUAUCUAUCGAUCUCUGAGAUUAUGCAGGACAAGGUUUUGAAUUGAUUUACUUGGUGAUGCAUUGGAUCUGUCGGUAGCUGGUGAUGUGAUGAUUACUGCUAGUAAUUUGCUACAGUUGUGACGGAUUCUCAAGUAAUAUCAUUUGGUUUCUGAUU